GGUUGGAGGUCAAGUACUCCCUGCAUUGGCAGCUGUGUCAAUCAUAGACAAGGUAUGGGUGGUGUGCAGUGGUCCUGGCCCCCAGGUGUGAUCCCUGACAGAAGGGGCCAAGAUGGCAUCUGCAUCCCAUGACCCAGUCUUGGGUCCUGGCCCUUCAGAUGACGAAGAGAUCCUGCUGGAUGAUUCUGACUCAGGAAGCGUGCUUUCUGAUGACUCGGUACUCCCUGAGUAUGAACAAAUUACAGUCUAUAAGGAGCCACCUAAAACACUGUAUGAAGCCUGUGCAAGGAACGACCCCACCUCCCUGAGCAGCAUGCUGGAGAGAGGGCUCACCAAAGAGGAGGCCAUGGAGUUAGACAUCAAUGGCAGGAAUGGACUGAUGUUGGCUGUGUCCAAAGGUUUUGUAGACAUUGUCACUGUUUUACACAAAUGCCCAUUAAUAGACAUCAACCACCAAGAUAAGGACGGUAACACUGCUCUCAUGAUCGCUGCACAGGCUGGAUUCAUCACUAUCCUUAACUACAUCCUGAACUACUACUCUGGUGUGGAGACCGAGAUCAGAGACCCCCGCGGCUUCACAGCCCUCAUCAAGGCAGGCCUGCAGGGCCGAGAGGAGUGUGUGUCCGCCCUCCUGAUGCACGGUGCAGACAUGCAUGCGGUGGACCUGGUCCAAGGCAGAGGGCUUAAGGACUGGGUUCUUCGGACUGGAAGGUUUGAGACCCUGAACAGGAUACGCCGUCUGCAGGCUCAUCCUGUUGCUAAGCAGUUCUAUGAGAGCUACAAGCCUGAGUGGCCUGAACUGAAGCAGCUGGUAGAAAAGGCCUCUGCCCCCAAAACAGCCAGUCAGAAGUUGAGGCAGCGAUUAAAAGAAAGCCUUUCUUUCAGCUUCCCACAUGACGCCCAAGACAACGGGGUUAUGGACCAUAUGGUUCGGAUAACCACGAGCAUUCACAGCCCUCUAGUAGUCACCGGAUCCCGGCCACUCUGUCCAACUAGUCCUCCUGAGAUCGGCAAGAGAAGGUUCGCUGUACCAGAACUGCUAGAAAAGCACAGCAGUAAGGAGCUGGAGGAGAGCACUGUGUCCCACAGCAACGGAUCCAUCAGCUCAGCUUCUCCAACAGUUUUGUCCGCCACCUCUGUUUCUCUGACAUCCUGCUGCCAGGAAGCAGAGCGCAGAGAGAGCAUGGCAUCAGGCGGCGUGAGAAGCUUCAUCCCCCGCAGCAUGGCGCACAGGAACAGCAUAUUCCCCUCAGGCUGCAUUCCUAAGAUUGAAGUGACAAAGUCUGGGGAGCCCACACCAAAAAAGGAGAAAAAGAAGAAAAGGCAAAAGGGCUACCUAGAGCCGCCUGUCUGGAAAUAUAAGGAGGCCAAAGAGGAGAAAAAGAGAGAGAAGAAAAGACAAGAGGAGGAAAAAGAGCAAGAGAAAAAAAAUAAGGGGUCCAAAAAGUCAUCCAGCAAACACUGA